CCUUAACUUACUUUUCAAUUCUCUCGCUCACUUCCUAAAGAGAAGCAUUAUUGCAGUCCUCUAAUUUUCUCACUUUAAAAAAUAAAACAGAGGAUUUUCAGCUCUUCAUGCAAAAUUCUCUUAAAAUCAGCCAUUAACACAGGUGAGAAGAAGCAGCAGAAGACUUUUAAUUCUGAAUAUUCGAUUUCACUUUCUUUCUGAGUUUUCUUCUUUACACAUAAGUUCGGAUUCGAUUCUUGUCGCUGCUGACGAUCACAAAGUUUCAGAUCCUUGACAAAAACCAUGUUGGAUAAAAUGGAGGAAUUCAAUCACAACAAUGUGAUAGAAGCAUUUGAUGCCCUUACAAAAGAUGUUGGUAGAGUACAAAGAGAAACGCUGCGUCGAAUUCUAGAAGAAAAUAGGGAGGCGGAGUAUUUACGGCAAUGCGGCUUGGAUGGAAGAACAGACCCUGAAUCUUUCAAGAAUUGUGUUCCUUUGGUUAAUCAUAAGGAUUUGGAGUCUUAUAUUCAGAAAAUUGCUGAUGGAAAUGCUGGUCCGGUGCUCACCGGGAAACCGAUUACAGCUAUUUCGUUAAGUUCUGGUACUACACAAGGGAAGCCCAAGUUUGUUCCGUUUAACAAUGAAUUGGUGAAGAACACAAUGCAGAUAUACCGAACAUCGUUCGCCUUUAGAAAUAGAGAAUUCCCCACUGGAAAGGGUAGAGCGCUGCAGUUCAUUUACAGCAGCAAGCAGUUCAAAACAAAAGGAGGUCUUUCAGCGAGUACGGCAACAACAAAUAUUUACCGUAGCACCGAAUUUAAGAACACAAUGAAGGCGCUCCAAUCUCAGUGUUGUAGUCCGGAUGAAGUCAUAUUUGCGCCUGAUUUCCAUCAAUCCUUGUAUUGUCAUCUCUUGUGUGGACUUAUCUAUAGGGAUGAAGUUCAACUUGUCUCUUCGACUUUCGCUCACAGCAUUGUCCAUGCGUUCCGGAAAUUUGAGCAAGUAUGGGAAGAUUUGUGUUCUGAUAUCCGUGAUGGGGUUCUUUCUGAGCGAGUGACAAACCCAUCUGUACGAACUGCUAUGUCAAGAAUUUUGAAACCCAAUCCUGAAUUGGCAGAUUUGCUGUAUGACACAUGCAAAAAUUUGAGUAACUGGUAUGGAUUGAUUCCGGAGCUAUUUCCGAAUGCUAAGUAUAUCUAUGGGAUCAUGACUGGGUCUAUGUUGCCGUAUCUGAAGAAGCUGAGACAUUAUGCUGGAAAGCUACCUCUAUGUAGUGCAGAUUAUGGUUCUUCAGAAGGAUGGAUUGCAGCGAAUGUUAAUCCAAGUUUGCCCCCAGAGUCGGCCACUUUCGCUGUUCUUCCAGAUAUUGGGUAUUUCGAAUUUAUUCCACUCAGUGGCGAUAUGGAGAAUGCGGGACUAGACAGUACUGCCGCUACUUUUGUCUACGACGAGGCUGAACCAGUUGGUCUAGCGGAAGUUAAAGUUGGCGAAGAGUACGAAAUCAUCGUCACCAAUUUUGCAGGUUUAUACCGGUACAGACUAGGGGACGUGGUUAAAGUUACAGGCUUCUACAAUUCAACCCCGGAACUCCAAUUUAUUUGCAGGAGGAGCCUUCUAUUGACAAUCAACAUAGACAAGAACACUGAGAAAGAUUUGCAAAUAGCAGUAGAAACAGCAAGCCAACGAUUAAUGGAAGAGAAACUCGAACUCAUAGACUACAGCAGUCACGCCGAUAUGACAACAGAUCCCGGUCAUUACGUUAUAUUUUGGGAACUAAGUGGUGAGGCAGACGACGAAGUAAUGAAUGAAUGUUGCAACAUCUUGGACCAGUCUUUUGUGGAUGCAGGCUACAUUGGGUCUAGGAAGGUGAAAGCUAUUGGAGAUCUUGAACUUAGGAUUCUCAAGAGAGGUACAUUUCAUAAGAUUCUAGACCAUUACUUGGGACUUGGCGCUGCUGUUAGUCAAUUCAAGACACCGAGAUUUGUCGGACCGAUGAAUAGUACUGUCUUGCAGAUAUUAUGCAAUAAUGUAGACAAAAGCUAUUUCAGUACUGCUUAUGGGUGAUGUUUGGAAUCAUCCCAAUCUGUAAUAACCUCUCUGUUCUCAGUGUCAUAGUGAAAAUAUGUUUUGUUUGAUGCUGCUCUUUUACUUUCUGCUA